AUGCAGAAUGAUGUUGGGUCUGAGGAGGAGGAGGUGUGUGUGGAGGAGGUGUCUGAGGAGGAGGUGUCUGAGGAGGAGGAGGUGUGUGUGGAGGAGGUGUCUGAGGAGGAGGAGGUGUGUGUGGAGGAGGUGUCUGAGGAGGUGUGUGUGGAGGUGGUGUCUGAGGAGGAGGUGUGUGUGGAGGAGGUGUGUGUGGAGGAGGUGUCUGAGGAGGAGGAGGUGUCUGAGGAGGAGGAGGUGUGUGUGGAGGAGGUGUCUGAGGAGGAGGAGGUGUGUGUGGAGGAGGAGGAGGUGUGUGUGGAGGUGGUGUCUGAGGAGGAGGUGUGUGUGGAGGAGGUGUUGGAGGAGGUGUCUGAGGAGGAGGAGGUGUGUGUGGAGGAGGUGUCUGAGGAGGAGGUGUCUGAGGAGGAGGUGUCUGAGGAGGAGGAGGUGUGUGUGGAGGAGGUGUCUGAGGAGAAGGUGUGUGUGGAGGAGGUGUUGGAGGAGCAGAGUCAGCAGAGGGCGCCACCUCCUCUGGCAGAUGUGAAGGCACCUCCUCCUCUGGCCCCUCCUCCUCUGGCAGAUGUGAAGGCACCUCCUCCUCUGGCCCCUCCUCCUCUGGCAGAUGUGAGGGCACCUCCUCCUCUGGCCCCUCCUCCUCUGGCAGAUGUGAGGAAGAGGAGGCAGAACCCAACGCUGAAGAGCUGCGGCGCAGACGACUGA